CACAGUAUGGUUUUUUCUCACCAGACUCCAUCUUUUUCCAUUUGGUUUUCAUUCCACUCGAAUUAUCUAUCUUCCCAAGGUCUAGCUUUGCAGGACGCUUUACUUUUCUUCUCACCUUUCACACUUCUCUCUCUCUCUUGUUCUCUCGCCUCUGUAGGCUCCUUUGUCUUCCUUGAGCUCUUCUUCAGUCUUAUUUGCUCUUCUGGUGCUGGAAGGUAAGAAUUGUGAGCCUUCAGUUUUGCAACAUUCUCCAACGGUCAAUUCCUGUUCUUUUUUCUUUCUUUUUUUUUUUGGUGAUUUGUGGAUAUGUUUUUCUUGAUUUUGCUGGUUUUUGUUCUUUGUAACUCUAAUGGGUUAGUGAGUUCUUUGAAUACUGAAGGGUUUACACUUUUGUCGUUCAAGCAGUCCAUAUAUGAAGACCCAGAAGGGUCUUUAAGGAACUGGAACUCCUCUGAUGAGACCCCUUGUUCAUGGAAUGGGGUUACAUGCAAGGAGCAAAAAGUUGUCUCUAUUAGCAUUCCAAAGAAAAAACUUUAUGGGUUUCUUCCUUCUUCUCUUGGGUCUCUUUCUGACCUCAGACAUGUAAAUUUGAGGAAUAAUAGGUUCUUCGGUAGCUUGCCUACUGAGCUUUUUCAAGCUCUGGGGUUACAGAGUCUGGUCCUUUAUGGGAAUGCUUUAUCUGGGUCUUUGCCAAAUGAGUUUGGCAAGCUUAAAUACCUUCAAAGCUUAGAUUUAUCACAGAAUUUCUUCAAUGGGUCAAUACCCACAUCAAUUGUUCAAUGUAAAAGGCUUAGAACCCUUGAUCUAAGCCAAAACAACUUCACUGGUUCUUUGCCAGAUGGGGUAGGUACGGGUUUGGUUUCUCUUGAAAGACUUGAUCUUUCAUUCAAUAAACUGAAUGGUUCAAUUCCUAGUGAUAUAGGAAAUUUGUCUAGUUUGCAAGGAACUGUUGAUUUUUCCCAUAAUCAUUUCACUGGUUCAAUCCCAGCUAGUCUUGGAAACCUUCCUGAGAAGGUUUACAUUGAUCUAACUUACAACAAUUUGAUUGGUCCAAUACCACAAAAUGGUGCGCUGAUGAACAGAGGACCAACAGCAUUUAUAGGAAAUCCGGGGCUCUGCGGUCCUCCAUUGAAAAACCCUUGUUCCUCCAAUACUCCUGGUGCAAGUUCACCUUCAUCAAUUCCAUUUUUGCCUAAUAACUACCCAUCUCAAGAUUUGGAUAAUAAUGGUGGAAGAACUGGGAAAGGAAGAGGACUGAGUAAGGGUGCUGUUAUUGCAAUCAUUGUGAGUGAUAUACUCGGAAUUUGCCUAGUCGGAUUGUUGUUUUCGUAUUGUUAUUCAAGGGUUUGUGCUUGUAGUAAGAAUAAGGAUGAAAGUGGCUACGUUUUCGACAAGGGAGGGAAGGGUAGGCAAGAAUGUCUGUGCUUUAGGAAGGAUGAAUCUGAAACUCUAUCUGAGAAUGUGGAGCAGUAUGAUCUUGUGCCGCUCGACACACAGGUAGCUUUUGAUUUAGAUGAGCUGCUUAAGGCUUCUGCUUUUGUUUUGGGAAAGAGUGGAAUUGGGAUUGUGUACAAAGUUGUGCUUGAAGAUGGGCUCACGUUGGCUGUGAGAAGAUUGGGAGAAGGGGGCUCUCAAAGGUUUAAGGAAUUUCAGACAGAAGUAGAAGCAAUUGGAAAGCUAAGGCAUCCUAAUAUUGUAACACUCAGAGCCUAUUACUGGUCUGUUGAUGAGAAGUUGCUAAUCUAUGAUUAUAUACCUAAUGGAAGCCUUGCUACUGCACUUCAUGGGAAGCCUGGAAUGGUUUCAUUUACGCCAUUAUCUUGGUCUAUCCGGUUGAAAAUCAUCAAGGGGAUUGCAAAAGGCUUGGUGUACCUUCAUGAAUUCAGUCCUAAAAAGUAUGUUCAUGGAGAUAUAAAGCCAAGUAAUAUACUUCUUGGACAUGACAUGGAACCACACAUUUCUGAUUUUGGACUUGGACGCCUCGCUAAUAUCGCCGGAGGGUCCCCAACAGUGCAAUCUACUAGAGUUGCUGCAGAGAAACCACAAGAAAGGCAGCAAAAGAGUGCACCUAGCUCAGAAGUAGCUACAGUUUCAUCAACAAAUUUGGGAUCUUAUUACCAGGCCCCUGAAGCACUUAAAGUGAUAAAACCAUCACAGAAAUGGGAUGUGUACUCUUAUGGUGUGAUCUUACUAGAAAUGAUCACAGGAAGAUUUCCAGUGGUGCAAAUGGGUACCUCAGAAAUGGAUCUUGUUCAAUGGAUUCAGCUUUGCAUUGAAGAACAAAAACCACUUGCAGAUGUUUUAGAUCCAUAUUUAGCCCCAGAUGUGGACAAAGAAGAAGAAAUUAUUGCAGUUCUAAAGAUAGCAAUGGCUUGUGUUCACAGCAGCAGUGAAAGGAGACCUACAAUGAGGCAUGUCUCUGAAGCCUUAAGUAGAUUGGCUGUAUCAUCCUCUGACUGAGAAAUCCAUUGCAACUGAUAAUUUGGGGUGUAUUUUUUAGUUUCAGGAUUAAUUGUUGAUUGCAAUCAGUAAAAAAGUGUAAAAGUAAAUAAUGAGAUUUGUUUCUGGUAGGAUUUUUGAGCUUUAUCUAAUUGCAUGAGGGGAAGAUGAUCGUGGGUCUGCUUUAGGAGCAUGGUGUGAGAGGCAGCAGCUGCUUUUGUACUGUUGCUUGUUUUAGUGUAUAUGUGAAAGCAAACGGCGUUUGUCGUCUUCUUGCUCUUAUUGCAGACCUUUGUCUUUUUCUUUUGUACUGUUAAAGAAAAGUUAAUUAUUUGUUAUUGCA